AGUCAUUAGGAAAUGCCUCAGCGGCGGCUGUCACAAUGACAGCAGGAGGAGGACGUACUGCCUGCCCAACACCUCUGGGUGGCUCAGAUCUGCUCUGCGGAGGCCGCGGGUGGAGAGGUGGAUGCUGCUCUCCCUGGUCCCAGCCAAAGCUUGACUCCCUGUGACUUUUGGCCAUUUCCAAAAUAUCAGACAUAUCCUCAAAGGAUGAAAUCUGCCCUCACCUAGGGUAAGCAGAAAGUUCUCUCGCUGCCCCAGGCAGCCCUGUAAGAAGAAUCUGAAGAAUGACUGAGCUUGACAGGUGGAGGAAUGAGCCCACAGCUCCUUGAUGUAACUAUGCAGAGGGCCAGGAGGCAUUUGGAUGUCUAAGGCCCUGCCGUCCCGGAGCGGCCAUGUCAGAAGGGGAGAGCAAGGACAGCUUGGGCAGCGAGUGCCCCGUGUGCUACGAGAAGUUCCGAGAUCUGGAGGGCGCCAGCCGGACACUGAGCUGUGGCCAUAUGUUCUGCCAUGACUGCCUCGUCAAGUACCUACUGUCCACUCGCGUGGAUGGGCAGGUCCAGAGGACCAUCGUCUGUCCCAUCUGCCGCUACGUCACCUUCCUCAGCAAGAAGAGCUCCCGCUGGCCCUCCAUGCUGGACAAGAGCUCCCAGAGCCUGGCCGUGCCCAUGGGCCUGCCCACUGUGCCACCACUGGACACCAUGGGCCACACAAACCCCCUGGCCAUCUCUCAGCCUGUCUGGAGACCAUCCCCAAGUCAGAGUGCCCAGCUGCCCUUGGACCUGCUGCCCAGCCUGCCCCGGGAGCCACAGAUCUUCAUCAUCAGCCGCCAUGGGAUGCCCCUGGGGGAGCAGGACAGUGUCCUGCCGCGGCGCAGCCUGGCAGAGCUUUCUGAGGCAUCCCCAGCACCCAGCUCCACCCGGUCAUUCUGCUGCCGCUCCCGAGCCCUACUGCUUAUCACUCUCAUUGCUGUGCUGGCUGUGGUGGCCGCUGUCUUGCCCUGGGUCCUGCUGGUGAGGAAGUAGGCAUGAGUGGUGGCACCUGCAGGGGCCGCCAAGUGAGGCGGGGCCUGAGAGCUGCUCUGGAAGCUGCCCUGCUCCACACAGCUGGGCUGGCCAUGGCCUGGGAUGGGGCAGCGGGGCCCCACUGCAGAGCUGGUCCAACCAAGCCCUGAAGAGCGGGCGAGCAGAGAGAGGGCGUUAGGACGGUGCUGACUGGAAGUAUGGCGGCAUAUCCCUACCCCCAUUUCCUCGUUCCCACCAAAGGCUGAGGCCUGACAGAGAGGCUGGGGGCUGGUGAUCUCUGAGGCUAGAGCUGAGAUGAGCAGCUGAGCUCUGGGCUGAAAUGGAAACUCCAGGUUCCAGGCCAGGGUGAAAAUGUGAUGGAAGCCCCUCCUCAGAACCAACAGCCGUGGCCCCCUGGUGCAUCCUCAGCAGCUGCUUUCUCCUUCCUCUAGGCUAGAACUGAGCAGGGUGGGAAGAUGGGUGGUUCCCUUCCUGUAGGGUCACCAGCCCUGACAUACAGUCAUAUUCUGCCAGGUGACCUAACUGAAGCCAGGUGGGGCUUCCCAGGGACAAGGAAGCUCUGCUGGCAUGUCCUGCUGGGUCGAGGCUCAAUGGCAGGACUCCUCCAGGUCACAAUUCCCAUCCAGGAUGCUCUAGCUUGCUCUCAGGAACAAACAGAAGGGGCAGUGCAGGGGCCAAAAGGACAUGUUUCCCAGAAUCUUGCACCCAUCCACAACCCUCUCAGCUGGGCCAGUGUGCAUGCCUUUCCACCCCCAAGUCCUCCCACCUCCUAAUCUCCAGCCUAAAACCUCUUCCCUGAGAGAGAAGCCGAUCACAGAGGCUGUGGCCCAGGAUUUCUGGGGGAAGAAACAGAAAAUGGUCUUCCUGGGGAGGUGAGGCCACAUCAGGAAAUAGGGGUUUGUCGACAGGGGCCAAGGCCAGCAGGAUGUCCCACAAACAGAGCCAGAGGUCUCCCCAAGCCUCCCAGGUCCAAGAAAUGGUCCAAAUUUUGAGUCUUGGGGUUUUCAAGGAUAGUCUGGAAGGCCGGGAGUGCAGGGGAAGCCUGAUGGCCGAGACUUGAGUCAGCUGAGAACUAUGUGGACAAAUUAACCCCUGGGGGCUCCCGCCUCCCUCCCAGCCCAAGUCGGCCACCUCAUGACCCAACCACUCAUUAGAGGCCACACCAGCUGGGCCAGUUUCCGAGGUGGAGUCCCAGGCUGGGAUGGGCGAGGAAGGGUGGGGAAGAAAACAGCUGUGCUUGUCAGGGACGCUACUGUCUCAAUGAAUGCUGACACCCAGGUGCUGUCGGCUGCUGGCCAUGGCCUCUUUACCUGGGGACCCCACCCUGGAAGGUGCUGGGGGUCCUUGAGGACCACUAGAAAAACCUCAGAUUGGGUUUUGCCUGAGGAGCUAGUCAUUCAGCCAUUUUCUGUUUGCUAAGGCUCGUAAGUCAAUGGCCAUAAUAUUAAAUUAAUUUUAGGAUUAGAAACAACAAAAACCUGCAGCUAUUCUGUCACACCCCAGGUGUGCCAACAGCUGAGCCCUCCACAAUGUAUACCUCUCUUGGCAAAGUUUGCUAUUUGCGGGAAAAGAAAUGGCACUCUGCCUCUUAUCUAGUUCCCAAGUGCCUGUGGUGGUGGCUGUUUGGGGACCAUCAGGGAAAGGGAUCCACACCAGAGGGGAUAUUUGGGACACAGGGAGGGCUUAUUUAAAGCACUUAUGGACUUCCUUAUGCUCUUUUCAAGACUAGAGAACAGUAUAGGUGCUACUUGGGCAGGGGGUACAGGUGGAUCCAUGGGGAAAAUAUUUAUUAUAGGAAUAAAAAUGUUACAUUUACAAAGACUCUAAUGAGUCUGUUUUAACCUCAGCGGGGCUGCUUUAAACAGUGUAAUGAAUUUCUCGGGACGAGAUUUUAGUCUUUUCAGAUUCUGUUGUGUUUGCCAAAAGUUAAUUUCAAAAUACCUGUAGUGUUUUCAUUUCAGUGGUGACUUGUAGAUGGCACUUGUUUUAUUUUCAAAGAAUGUCAAAAGCUAUUUUUUAAAUAAAGGUCUAUAUUUUCUCAAA